GGGAGUUGUAGUUCUCCGUCCGCGGAAGCUCUGCCGCUGCCGUGGCGCGGGGCCUGCCGGGAGCUGUAGGCGGUGCGGCAGCAGCGGCUGUGCGCGGGCGGGUCCGCGGUUCUCGCCCGCAGUCUGAUGCUCGUCCCGCCCUGCGAUGAGUCUAUGAGCCCCCUCCGGAUCAGCGUUGGUGGUCUCCCGGUCCUCGCGUCCAUGACCAAGGCUGCUGACCCCCGCUUCCGACUACGCUGGAAGGCCAUCGUGCUGUCAUCAGCCUGCGUGGGGCUUGUGCUGCUGCUCUUGUGCCUGCACCGGUCCUCCCCGGCACGGCACAGUCCGCCCAAUCCUCACAACUGGCAGCUCAGCCUGCAGGCAGGGGACCACUACAAUGACACCUACCCGCUGUCCCCACCCCAGAGGAACUCUGAGGGUGUGCGCUACCGCAUUGGAGUCAUCGCGGAUCUGGACACACAGUCCCGGGGCUCUGAGGAGCACACCUGGUUCAGUUACCUGAAGAAGGGCUACCUGGUGCUGUCAGACAGUGGGGACAGCGUGACAGUGGAGUGGGACAAAGACGAGAGCAUGCUGCAGUCCCACCUGGCUGAGAAGGGCAGGGGCAUGGAGCUCUCCGAGCUGGUUGUCUUCAACGGGAAGCUGUACGCAGUGGAUGACCGGACAGGAGUGGUCUAUCAGAUUGAGGGCAACAAGGUGGUGCCCUGGGUGAUCCUCCCAGAUGGGGAUGGCACAGUGGGGAAAGGCUUCAAGGCAGAGUGGCUGGCAGUGAAGGACGAGCACCUCUAUGUGGGGGGACUGGGCAAGGAGUGGACCACAACGACAGGGGAGGUGGUGAACGAGAACCCCGAGUGGGUGAAGGUCGUUGGUUACAAGGGCGAUGUGGGCCAUGAGAACUGGGUGGCGAACUACAACGCGCUGAGGGCUGCAGCGGGCAUCCGACCCCCAGGUUACCUGAUCCACGAGUCGGUGUCCUGGAGCGACACACUGCAGCGCUGGUUCUUCCUGCCGCGCCGCGCCAGCCACGAGCGCUACAACGAGAAGGCAGACGAGCGGUGCGGCACCAACCUGCUGCUGAGCUCCACGCAGGACUUCGGGGAUGUGACAGUGGGACGUGUAGGGGACGUGGUCCCCACUCAUGGCUUCUCCUCCUUCAAGUUCAUCCCAGACACGGACGACCAGAUCAUCGUGGCGCUGAAAUCGGAAGAGGACAAUGGCAAGAUCGCCAGCUACAUCAUGGCCUUCACACUGGACGGGCGCUUCCUCCUGCCUGAGACCAGGAUCGGGAGCGUGAAAUACGAGGGCAUUGAGUUUAUUUAACGACUGAUGCACUGGACUGGAGGGGCACGGGGCCACUGCCAGCCGGGGGCAGCCUUGGGCUCAGCAGAGGGACGCCAGGCUCUGCUCCCAGCUCUGUACUUGGCCUUGGUGUCCUGUAAAGCAUUGCUCUGCUGC